AUGAAUACCAGCACCAUUGUGAAUCGCCGAAUUCUGUUUAAUAUUACGAAUAUGGAGGAUCAUGAUGCCAAAACGGUAAUGGAGAAAGUGUCGGGCGGCAUUGAUAAAAUACGUGACGUGAAGGGCAUACAGGCAGAGCCGACGCCUGCGGCGUCAUCGUUGCUCCUUACGGAACAAGUGUCGCUCCCUUCUGGUGAGAACAUCAACAAAAACGACUAUAUCGAUAAGAAAACUUGCCCUAAGUUAUUAGUAAAGAAUUCUGGGAAAUUUGAGAGUGGUAGUGGUAGUGGAGAUCAGGAGGGAGGUCAGCAUGAGGAUGGAAAUGAUAUUGCAGCGAAAAAAAGAAAGACUCGCAGAGGUAAACCUAAACAUAGAAAAUUAAAACCAUAUUCAAAACAACAGUUGUCAUAUCAACAACAACUGAGAUAUAGAUCUAGAGGUCGAUUAGCAAAAACUGGUAGACAGCCUCCAGCACCGUAUAAUACCACACAGUUUCUUAUGAAUGAUCACAGUGAUCUUCCAGACCUUGACCAAAAGCUUUCAGAAGCUGCAUCUUCAGAAUUGCCUACAACAUUUCAGAAACCAUCAGCCCCUUCUCGUACUCGAGAUUCUAGUUUCAGUGUUGAUUCCGACGAAGAUUAUUUCUAUUCGUCUCCAGAAGACGAAGAAGAGUUCUUAACUAAGGAAUUUUCAACUGCAUACGAAGACCUUCACGCUGAAAGAUUAAGCACGUUAAGUAAAUCAGAACUGAUACAAGAGUAUCUUCAGUUAGAAGCAAAAGUAGAUUUAUUGACAAAACGGUUACGUGGUAAAAAUCUCCACCAAACAGAACAACGAGACUUGGAAAGCAACAGUAGUAGCACAGACACAGAAUCAGCAAAAAAGUUAAAAAUCUGUCAGCAACGAAUUGACGAUUUAAUGCAACAGAAUGAACAGUUAAAACGGGAAAAUGAAUCAUUAAGGGCCAAAAGGCACAGCAGUCCUGUUUCAAGUGUCGAUAGCGAAAGCGACAGUGAUAGUACAAGUAACGGGAAUAGGAGCAGAUGUAGUUGUCUCCUUCCAAAUUCUAGCUCUUCUUCAGAACUUAUGGGAUAUGUUUCUAGAAGUAAAAAUAGUCAAAGGAAUGGCUCUGUGUCUAGUACUGAUAGUAAAAGUGAUACUUGUGAUAGUAGCUCAAGUGACAAUUCUAAAACAUCUCUGACCCCAGUUAAUCUUUCAAAUGGCCAUGUAAAUGUUCAGAAAAUGGACGGUCUCCCUACAUAA